AUGGAACAAGGAGAGGACAAAUGGGAAGGUGAGAAGACGGAAAGAGGAGAGGCCAAAUGGGAAGAUGAGAGGACGGAACGAGGAGAGGACAAAUGGGAAGGUGAGAGGACGGAACGAGAAGAGGACAAAUGGGAAGAUGAGUGGACGGAACGAGGAGAGGACAAAUGGGAAGGUGAGAGGACGGAAAGAGGAGAGGACAAACGGGAAGGUGAGAGGACGGAACUAGGAGGGGACAAAUGGGAAGGUGAGAGGAUGGAACAAGGAGAGGACAAAUGGGAAGGUGAGAAGACGGAACGAGGAGAGGACAAAUGGGAAGGUGAGAGGACGGAAAGAGGAGAGGACAAAUGGGAUGAUUUGCUCACCCCCCUUAUAGAAGGUAGCAAUCCCCUGAAGAGUUACAAAAGACCUGCAACAUGCCUUUGGCUUGAUACCAAGGCUCUGUACCGGGAGAAGGCCAUGGGAACGAAGAAAGAACUCAAGGAAUUGAAGCGGAAUGGUGACGAUGAAAAGGGGGUGAAGGGAAUGAAGAAAAAGAUGGGGAAGAGGAGACAAAAGGGGAGGGAGAAAAGAAAGGGUGAUGAUGAAGAGGAUAAGUAG